AUGUCCAAAGACGCCACCCACAAGGUGGUCUCCUUGGGAAAGGCACGGCGCUGGGAGGCCGCCUUGGCUUUGGCAUUUCAGGAGGAACCCAAUGUCAUCACCUGGGGCGCUUCCGCGGCCGCCUGCGCCCGAAGUCGCCAGUGGGCACAGGCCUGCGGGCUCUUGGGCUGCUGCAGCGCAGCGCAGUUAGAGAUCAAUGUGAUCCUGGAAAGCACUGCGAUCAAUGCCUUGGCAAAAGAAACACGUUGGAGUGAUUCCUUGCUAACUCUGCAGCAGCUGAGUCUCUCACAGCUGGAGUCGAACCUCUUUUGUUUCAACGCCGUGAUCUCAUCUUUCAAGGAGGAGUCUUGGGCCUCUGGUUUGUCCUUCUUGACCCAGAUGAGGCAGCUAGACGUGUGCUACGAUUUGGUUUCCAUCAAUGCGGCGAUAGCAGCAUGUAGCGAUGGUGGACAAUGGCAAUUUUCUUCAGCUUUGCUGAUGGAACUGCACGAGAAAGAGCUCCAACCCAGUGAAGUGACCCUGGGAUCCCUGGUGAAGUGCUGCGCUCGAUGGCAGCAAGCCCUGCAGUUGUUGACUCAGAUGGUCAACGCCGACUUUGCAGUCAAUUCCGUGGUUCUGAACUCCAUCGUCAAGGCCUGCUCAAGUGCAAUGCGCUGGGAGGUGGCAAUGUGGUUGCUGGACAAUGCACAGCAAUUUGCUGUGGAAGCGGAUGUCGUCACUUACACAGCUGCUAUCAGUUCCUUCGCGCCUGGCUACUGGGACUCCGCCUUGGCCGUGUUCGACGCGAUGCGGGCUUCAAGGAUUGAGGCAGAUGGAAUUGCCUGGAGCAGCCUGGUGACUGCGUGUAGCCAGACAUGGGAAGUUGCAUGUGCUUUGCUCCGCUCCAUGCCACAGUCUUCAAUUCAACCUGACAUCGUCUGCUUGAAUGCCGCUUUGAAGGCCUGUGAAGUUUCCAGUGUUUGGGACCAGGGCCUAGCUCUGCUGGCGUCCAAGCAGAGUCCCAGUUUGGUGACCUUCAAUACCGCCAUUUCUGCUUGUGCCAAGGCUCAGGAGUGGCAAUGGUCCCUGCAACUUCUGAAGGACAUGGUUUUGGAACAGGUGGUGGCAGAUGCUGCUACCUUCAAUGCUGCUAUCAGCGCCACAGAGAAGAAGUGGCAAAUCUGCUUGGCACUCUGGCAGGAAAUGCCGAAGAUUCAGCUGCAACGGGAU